GUAUUAUUUACAUUUCACUUCACUUUUCGUUCUUUUGACAUUUUGUUGCCUUUGUCUAGAGAAGCUCUAAGCGUUCGGGUUCUUUUGAAAUUUUGAAUACUAUUAGUCAACAACGGUCCAUCAGUCAUUUGCAACAAAAUAAUAAAAAUCCAAGUAAGUAUACAACUAUGUUAUGAAAUAAGCCUGUAAUUCGGGGCAUUUUAAAAGUUUCACUAGGCCCACUUAGUGAAAGUAUGUCACAAGGUUACCUAUUGAACGUCAAAUACGCAGCAGACUUCGACCGCAAAGCAUUUUGAAAAUUUAUAGAUUUUGAAACGAAUAUAAUAAUAGGUAUCCCUUCACAUUGCACUUCGGUAAGUUAAUGGCAUUUCCCACAAUUCAAACCAUGAUUGCUAUUCUUAAAAUUUACAUGCAAAACUCUGAUGCUUCAUUAUACGCCGAAUUAGUAGUUUGCAUAAGUGUAAUUAUUAUUUAUUUUUUUUUUGUAGUUGAAUUAUGGCUCGUACAAUGCAAAACGAAAUCUUGUGUACUGUCAACAAAAGGCAAUUUGGCCACCCGGAAACUGCUGCUCUCUGUGAAAUCUGUAGUCAAGAAGAACCUACUUUGCUUAUCCGCAAAUUGAUAAUCCAAGAUAAGAUCCGUAUUAUCAAAAAACGUUGCAAUGAUUUACAAAUCAAGAUUGCGGCUAUGGAAAUAUUACAUGUUUGUAUUUUAAUUAUUAAUCAUUGACAGAUACUAUACCUAGGUUACAGUUCUUUACAUGGAUACUUCAUUUCAUUACAAUUUGAAUUUAUGACUAUUAUUACUGUACCUAAUAGUCAUGUUUUUAUUUUUUUUAUAGUCAAUUUUAAGAUUGAUAUGCAAUAAUCCUCCAAUUUUCCCUGUUAUUUGUUUUCCUCCUAGUUUUUUUAUUUGAAUUUUGGUUCAUCAUUAUUUGUUGCAUAUCAUAUCAGUCAAGUAAAAAUAAAUAUAAUUUAGGUUUAAAUUUCAUUAAAUUUUUAUUUUAAUUUUAAUUAUGUAUUAAAAGAGUUCAUAAACUACUUAUGAUAUCUAGGUAUUUGAUACUUUGCUUGGUGCAUACAUUUUUACACACCCUAUUAUGCUUCCUAUAAUUUAUCCAAGCAUUCCACUAUUAAUUUAUUGGUACAUUUAAAUAGUUUUUAAUAUUUUGUUUUCCAAUAUUUUAAAUGAUAUAUUUUUUUUACUAAAUAAUUUAUUAUCAUUAUUUUUUUGAUAUUUACUAGAACUCAUUAAGAGACGUUCCAUCAGCAAGAGGCAUCCGAGAUAGAGGAGCUUAAUUUGUAUUCUACAUUAAUCUUAUUUCUUUAUAUUCAAUUAUAUGUGUUACAUUUUUUUUCAUGUUAUACACUGCACAUUUCUUUUCGGAUUAUCAUAAUAGUGAUUAUUAUAUUAAUAAUUGUAUGAAUAACAUUGUAUUCCCACUUAACUCAUAACAAUUUAUUUUUUUAUAUAAUUUAUUUUAAUAGUUUAUCUUAAAAAACUACAUAUAUUUAACCAUAACAGUUUUAUGAAAUGUUUAUGUUACUGCAUAGAAUUCAUAAUAAGAACAAUAAUAUGUUAAACUCAUGUUCGCAC